AUGGGUCGUAUGCAUAGCAGAGGAAAGGGUAUUUCAGCUUCUGCGUUGCCGUACAAGAGAUCGUCUCCGAGCUGGCUCAAGACUACCGCUCAGGAUGUUGAUGAAUCAAUCUGCAAAUUUGCCAAAAAGGGAUUGACCCCAUCACAGAUUGGUGUCAUUCUUCGUGACUCGCACGGUAUUCCUCAGGUCAAGAGUGUUACAGGAAACAAGAUCCUGAGGAUACUCAAAGCCCAUGGCCUUGCUCCUGAGAUCCCUGAGGAUCUUUACCACCUGAUUAAGAAGGCUGUGGCCAUCCGUAAGCAUCUGGAGAGGAACAGGAAGGACAAGGAUUCCAAGUUUAGGCUUAUCUUGGUUGAGAGCAGGAUUCACCGCCUUGCUCGCUAUUACAAGAAGACUAAGAAGCUCCCUCCUGUCUGGAAGUACGAAUCGACAACCGCCAGCACCCUGGUGGCUUAA